AUGGGGGUCAGGACACCUUUGCCUUCUUUCUGGGUUCACUGUUUUGCCAAGACAGGGAUUUUGUUCCCAGGAGGCACUCCCCAGCCCAUGGGAUCUCAGCAUUCAAAGCAGCACAGGAAAGCUGGGCCCCUGAAACAGGGCCACCGAAGAGAUCGGAGAACAAGCAGGAAGAAGUACUGGAAGGAAGGAAGGGAGAUCGCUCGUGUCUUAGAUGAUGAGGGCAGCAACCUGAGGCAGCAGAAGCUUGACCGGCAGCGGGCCCUGCUGGAGCAGAAGCAGAAGAAGAAGCGCCAGGAGCCCCUGAUGGUGCAGGCCAAUACAGAUGGGCGGCCUCGGAGCCGGCGGGCUCGGCAGUCAGAGGAGCAAGCCCCCCUGGUGGAGUCCUACCUCAGCAGCAGUGGCAACACCAGCUACCAAGUUCAAGAAGCCGACUCACUUGCCAGUGUGCAGCUGGGAGCAGCCCGCCCACCAGCACCAGCCUCAGCCAAGAGAACCAAGGCAGCAGGUGCAGCAGGGGCCCAGGGCGGGGCCUCUAGGAAGGAGAAGAAGGGAAAGCACAAAGGCACCAGUGAGCCAGCAACACUGGCAGAAGACAAGUCUGAGGCCCAAGGCCCAGUGCAGAUCCUGACUGUGGGCCAGUCAGACCACACGCAGGACGCAGGGGAGACGGCAGCUGGUGGAGGCGCACAGCCCAGCGGGCAGGACCUCCGUGCCACGAUGCAGAGGAAGGGCAUCUCCAGCAGCAUGAGCUUUGAAGAGGAAGAGGAGGACGAGGACGAGAACAGUUCUAGCUCCUCGCAGCUGAACAGCAACACCCGCCCCAGCUCAGCUACUAGCAGGAAGUCCAUCAGGGAUGCAGCCUCAGCUCCCAGUCCAACUACCCCAGAGCCACUGGUGGAUGUCGAGGUCCAGGAUCUUGAGGAGUUUGCACUGAGGCCAGCCCCCCAGGGUAUCACCAUCAAAUGCCGGAUCACACGGGACAAGAAGGGGAUGGACCGGGGCAUGUACCCCACCUAUUUCCUGCACCUGGACCGCAAUGAUGGGAAGAAGGUGUUCCUCCUGGCGGGAAGGAAGAGAAAGAAGAGUAAAACUUCCAAUUACCUCAUCUCUGUGGACCCAACAGACUUGUCUCGAGGAGGGGACAGCUACAUCGGGAAACUGCGGUCCAACCUGAUGGGCACCAAGUUUACUGUUUAUGACAAUGGAGUCAACCCUCAGAAGGCCUCAUCUUCUACUUUGGAAAGUGGAACCUUGCGUCAGGAGCUGGCAGCUGUGUGCUAUGAGACAAAUGUCUUAGGCUUCAAGGGACCUCGGAAGAUGAGCGUGAUUGUCCCUGGCAUGAACAUGGUUCAUGAGAGAGUCUCUAUCCGCCCCCGUAACGAGCAUGAGACACUGCUAGCACGCUGGCAGAAUAAGAACACAGAGAGUAUCAUCGAGCUGCAAAACAAGACACCUGUCUGGAAUGAUGACACACAGUCCUACGUACUAAACUUCCAUGGGCGCGUCACACAGGCCUCUGUGAAGAACUUCCAGAUCAUCCAUGGCAAUGACCCGGACUACAUUGUGAUGCAGUUUGGCCGGGUAGCAGAGGAUGUGUUCACCAUGGAUUACAACUACCCACUGUGUGCACUGCAGGCCUUUGCCAUUGCCCUGUCCAGCUUCGACAGCAAGCUGGCCUGUGAAUAG